AUGGAUGAUUUGGGAAAAAGCGAAAAUAACACUGUUGGAGAUGUGGAAGCCAAUGAUCAGAAUGAUUGGAAUGCAGACAAUGCGGGACUGUUUCAGAAAUUGGUUUGGGAAUACGAAUUGAGCCGAGGAAGAUGGAUCAAAUAUGAUAAUGUAGUCAACAAAAAAUUAAAUGAUAACAUAACCCAUGGUAUUACGGAGUUUGAAAUGGAUGAGUCUAAAUUACAAGUUGAUUUCAAUUCAAUGAAACAAAAAAAUUUGGAUACCGGUUUUGUUCGGUCUAUAAGAUGCGCCAUUCGAAAUGACGAAGAUCUUUAUCGUGUUUGGGAAUAUCUUGAUUCGAAAAGACGUUGGCGAAGUGUGGGUCCAGUAUCUGCCGUUACAUUAGAAAAUGCCUUCGUUAAUGAAUCUGGACAUGUUAAAAUACUGCUGUCAGGAAUGAAUUUUGUUGCUGAUUUUGACACAAAUCUAAUCAGAAGUGACGACGGAUCGACGGAAUAUAAAAUUCGUUCGCACAUUUCGAAUGCGGAGCCAUCAAUGUCAUCAAAACCAGUCCCAAGAGUUGAACGUCUUCGAGCAGCAAAGCGUAUUGCAGCACGAACCGAUAUACCUUCGCUUGAAAGUAAACAAAAGUUUGAUGGAUCAUCGAAAUUACAGCCAACAGGGAAGGAGGAUGACAGAAAUGAUACCAAUGGAGAUGAUGAUAAGAGCAAAAGUCGUAGAAAAGGAAAUGUUAAUUCUGAAAAUCAAAAAUCAAAUGAUUCGAGUACUGAUAACAAAAGCGAUUUGAAAAAAGUUAUACUAAAAGGCAUUGCGGCUGUAGAUCCUGAAUGUCAUGAGUUAGUUGGCACCACACAUGUUUAUACCGAAUUCAACAAUGUUUAUGAUGCCUUAUUGAAUCAGACCAGUGCACAGUGCAAUAAAAAUAAAUUUUUUAUCAUACAGUUGUUAGAAUCUGAUAUAGAAAAGCGCUAUUGGGUUUGGUUCCGUUGGGGGCGUGUUGGCUACAAAGGACAAACUAGUUUGAAUCCAUGUGGUGCGAACUUAACAUUAGCAAAGAAAUUAUUUUGUGACAAGUUCAAGAACAAAACGGCAAAUGAGUGGACCGAAAGAGCUAAUUUCGAUAAAAUAUCUGGCAAAUACGACUACUUGCCUAGUGAUUAUUCGAAACUAAUAGAGGAGGAAAUGAAUGAAAAUGAAGAUAAAGAGAAAAAAGUUGAAUCAAAAUUAGAUCCCUAUUUGCUGCAUUUAUUAAAUAUUAUUUGUGAUAUACGAACAAUGGAGGAAACGAUGACAGAAUUGGAAUAUGAUGCUACUAAAGCACCACUAGGAAAAGUAACGGAUGAACAAAUUAAGGCUGGCUACGCAGCGCUAACAAAAAUUGAAGAGUAUAUUAAGAAAAAGGAUUUUUCGUCCAAUUUUAUUGAAACUGUCAAUAAUUAUUACACAAAAAUUCCUCAUUUUUUUGGGAUGCGUCAGCCACCAAUGAUUAAAACAAUGGAACAGUUAAAAACUGAAAUUAAAUUGUUGGAGGCAUUAAAUGGAAUUGGAGUAGCUGUACGAACCUUCAGGAAAGAGGGAGAUGUGAAUAUUCAUCCAAUUGAUCGUCAUUACAUAAAUAUGAAAUGCGAAAUAUCACUCCUUAGUGUAAAUGAUCCUAUUUAUCAGCUUGUGGAUAAUUAUCUUCAAUGGACACAUGCUCCAACACAUAUUAUGUAUCAAAUGCGCAUUCGUAAUUUAUAUGCAGUAAAUCGAAGCGGAGAACGAGAAGAAUUUAUGUUCGAUAUUGGUAACAGGAAGUUAUUAUGGCAUGGAUCUCGACUUACAAACUGGUAUAGUAUUUUAUCUCAAGGUCUUCGAAUUGCCCCGCUGGAAGCUCCUAAGACAGGCUACAUGUUUGGUAAGGGUAUUUACUUUGCUGAUAUGUCAACAAAAUCAGCCAAUUACUGCUAUCCACAAGAAAAUAAGCCUGGUUUUUUGGUAUUGGCACAAGUUGCAUUGGGAGAAAUGAACGAAUUAUUACAAGCUGACUUUCACGCCAGUAAACUUCCUGAAGGAAAGAAUAGUACUAAAGGAUUAGGUUUAAUUGUCCCCGAUCCGACUACAUAUAUCACUUUAGACGAUUGUGAAGUGCUAUGUGGUAAGCCGAUCACAUUGCAACCAAAAGACACGAUAUUUCCCCUUGUUUAUAACGAAUACAUUGUUUACGAUGUGAAGCAAAUUUGGAUUCGUUAUCUGGUUGAAAUUGAUUUCAUUUUUAACUAG